CGGCCUGUGUGUGGCCCGCCGCGGCAGAGGAGGCGGAGCCUGCCCUGGGCAGCCGUGUCAGUGAUGGAAACCCCCACCCUCAGCAGCGUGCACCUGAGCGACUGGCAGAAAAGUUACUUUGCCAUUACCUCUGGCACUUGCACGCCUGGACAGAAGGCAGAUGAAUAUCGUGCCAAAAUCCUGCAUAUUCAGUAUGCAUGGGCAAACUCUGAGAUCUCUCAGGUCUGUGCUGCCAACCUGUUUAAAAAGUACGCAGAAAAAUACUCUGCAAUUAUUGACUCUGACAACACAGAGACUGGCUUGAAUAACUAUGCUGAAAACAUUUUGACUUUGGCAAAGUGUCAGCAAAAUGACAAUGACAAGUGGCAAUCUGCCUUGACAACAGAUAAUGUAUUUGAAUUAAAGUGUGUGCAAGAGAGGAUGCAGGCUGGCAAAAAUUUCCAGAGCUCUCAGGUGGCACCAGCAGAUGCCUGUGUGCUACCUGAUAAAGGGGUCAAUGCGUCUGCCGCUCCAGGUCUUCCUAAACUUGGUGUCUUCAGCAGUUCCAGAGAGACCGAGCUCUGUGCUGGCUCAGCAAAACUUGCAAGUCAGGGACCAGAUCUCCUUGAGCAUUCCUCAUCUUCAACGUCUCUUCAAAGCGAUGUGCCUCCUGUCACCAAAUCUUUGGAUAUGCUUCCUGCCUUGUCAGCCUCCUUAAAGGAACAGGUUUGUAUGAGUUUCCAGGCAACUCCACUAUUUGGAAGAAAAGAAGUGACAAGUAGGAAUUCUCUGAAAAUGUCAGAUAACUGUCGAGACAGACAAAAUUUGCUCCUUUCCAAUCAGUCAGCUGGUCCUGUGUGGGCCGCAAGUUCCGGAAAAAGAAAAGCAUUUUAUGGUCUGGCCGAUGAAGGUGGCUUGGCGAUUCCUAGCCUUGCCCCACGCCGGGCUUCCACCAGUACAGAGGCCUGUAGCUUUUCAGGGUACAGAAACAGAAAUGAAGAAAACAAUGUUCCUGGUUUUAAAACUGCAAAAGAGCAGCUGUGGGUGGAUCAGCAAAAGAAAUCUCAAAACUUACCCCAACAUGCACCUAUCUCGUCAUAUGGAGGUGUAAAAAAAUCACUGGGUGCAGGCAGAUCUCGGGGUCCGUUUGGCAAGUUUGUCCCUCCUGUUCCAAAACAAGACGGAAAUGAAAAUGGAGGAGCACAGUGUAAACCUCAUGCGAGAGGACCAACGGAUCCAUUGCUGCCUGUAGAUGAACGACUGAAAAACAUAGAACCAAAAAUGGUUGAACUCAUCAUGCAUGAGAUAAUGGACCAUGGGCCUCCUGUCAACUGGGAUGACAUCGCCGGAGUUGAAUUCGCUAAAGCUACUAUAAAAGAAAUUGUAGUCUGGCCCAUGCUGAGGCCGGACAUCUUCACCGGUUUACGUGGUCCUCCUAAAGGAAUUCUUCUCUUUGGCCCCCCUGGGACUGGCAAGACUCUUAUAGGCAAGUGCAUUGCAUGCCAGUCUGGAGCAACAUUUUUUAGCAUCAGUGCCUCUUCUUUGACUUCAAAAUGGGUGGGCGAAGGGGAAAAGAUGGUCCGUGCCCUGUUUGCUGUGGCGCGAUGUCAACAACCAGCAGUGAUUUUCAUUGAUGAAAUUGAUUCUCUGUUGUCUCAGCGUGGAGAUGGGGAGCAUGAAUCAUCGAGAAGAAUAAAAACUGAAUUUCUGGUCCAGUUAGAUGGGGCAACGACCUCCUCUGAAGAUCGUAUUCUAGUGGUUGGAGCAACAAAUCGACCCCAAGAAAUUGAUGAAGCUGCCCGCAGGAGGCUAGUGAAGAGACUGUACAUUCCUCUUCCAGAAGCCUCAGCUCGGAAGCAGAUUGUUACCCGCCUAAUGUCUCAGGAGCACUGCUCUCUAAAGGAGGAGGAAAUUGAACUCAUAGUUAAGAAAUCUAAUGGGUUUUCUGGGGCAGAUAUGACACAGCUCUGUCGAGAAGCUUCCCUGGGCCCUAUCCGCAGCCUUCAGUCCACGGACAUUGCCACCAUCAUGCCAGACCAGGUGCGUCCGAUUGCCUUCCUGGACUUCGAGAGUGCCUUCCGAACCGUGCGGCCCAGCAUCUCCUCAAGGGACCUGGAGCUUUAUGAAACCUGGAACCAGACAUUUGGGUGUGGGAGAUAAUUGCAUCCUGACUGUUUUCCAGAAGCAGCUCUUUAGCACUGUCACGUACUAAACCCGUGAUAAUUUAGAGUGUCUGGCCCUACCUUUUGCUUCUGUCUUUGAAAUGAAUCUUCUGACGUCAUGCAGGCAGAUGUCUAGACCCUGGCCUGAGACUUCACCAAUUGAAAAGACUAUGAGAAACUGCCAUUCCUGACAUGAAAAAUCAGAUAGCUGCUGUGAAACAGGGACAGAUUUCACUGAUAUUUAAGGGGAAGAUGGUCAAACUUCACUGACAAUUCCAGGGAGUAUUGGGGGGGGAACCCUGCAAGGCCUACUGUGCUGUCUCAGCAAUACCAGGCAAGGCUGAGGGGACGCAGGUAAUGGUGUCAGAAAUACCAAUUUUAGGUAGGGAAAAAAAUGUAGAAAAAAAUGGGAUUCGUAGAUAAAAAAUAGGGGCAUGUUUGGGAGGAGAUGGGAGCAGAGGAAGGAAAGGGUCAAGGUGCAAAUGGGUGCAUAUGUGGAAAAAUAGAAAGGGAGAUAAAAGGGGACAAUCUCAUGCAAGCAGUGCUCUUGUCUGACAGAGCCCUGUGCCACAUCACUGCAGUAUAUCUCAGCUUCUUAUUAAAUACUUUUUCUUACGAUUUUGUGCUAGACCUUGUUUUCUGUGCCACAUCUACAUUCAUGGAUGUGUGUUAUCAGGAGCUCUGGGCACCUUUUACUGGGGAAUAGGCCAUGGGUCAAAGGAGCCUAAGGAUCUGAGGGCCAGCCAUGAGCUAGCCAACGUGUUUGCAGCCAGACACUGUAGGGAUGUGGGCAUGCGUGCAACCUGUACUAAUAAAACUCAGUAGAAAACUUCAGGGUGGCCUAGCUGGCAACCAGGAGGGAUCCAGCAUCUGGAAAGAGCCCAGACUGGAGCCAUUGGCAGGAUAAAGGGGCUCUGCGUCUGGGCAGAGGUAUAGAUGAACUUACAUCCCAUGGCAAUAUUUCUGAAGGCUCCUUAAGCAUGGUGUCCCUGUGAAGCUGGAAAGUGCAGGGGCCUGCCUGUCUUGCUAGUGAGCUUCAGUCCUGUUGGGCUGUAGAGGAGGGAUAAGAUAGGGCUGUGUUGUUGGAUCUAUGUGAGUGCAUUUGCUGUGUGUGUGCUGGUAAAGGCACUGCUUGCUCUGUGAUCUUGUCUCUGCAUGUGUGUGCACUUGCUGUUUUGCAUUAGGGGCUCAGCCUCAC